UAAAAUGUAAACAAACAAGUUUUCUCGUGUUUAUUGGGGAAAUUCCGGAGAAUUCUUGACAUUCUAUCUUGCAAAAGGUGUGAUAUUGAUAGUAGAAUAGUAAAAGAGUGGAAUUUCGAGAGAAUCUAUCAAAUUUUGUGAAAUAUUGAAGUAAAUAAUGGAAGACGAUAGUGAGCAUAAUUUCCUCGAAUUGAGGCCAAUGCGGUGUGAAUUGGACGUUUUAUCGCGAUCUGAUGGUUCUGCGCUUUUCGCUCAAGGUGAAACGGCUGUGCUUUCCUCCGUCCACGGUCCUGUCGAGGUGAAAUUGCAGAAUCUGCAGUACGACAAAUCGAGCGUGGAGGUGUACUACAAGAGCAAGAGUGGUCAGCAGAGCGUGGGAGACCGAUUCCGUGAGCAGUACAUCAGGAAUACCUGCGAAUCGGCACUUCUCACAGCGCUCUAUCCGCGCACAGCAAUUUCACUGCAAUUGCAGGAAAUGGAAGAUCGUGCCGGGUUAAUUGCGUGCGCCGUGAAUGCGUCGUGUCUGUCACUUCUGCACAGCGGCCUUGAGAUGCGCUUCCUCGUGGCCGCCGUGCACUGCGCUCUGCGUCCCUCCGGCGCGCUCCUGCUGGAUCCUGACGCGAGGACGAUGGCUGAGGAGGGCGGCUUCGUGGCCACCUUCACGUUUGCCUUCGAGAGCGUGUCACGGCGCACGGUGGCCGUGCACACGGAGGGACACUUCACGGCGGAGCAGUUCAAUGAGGCGCAGGAGUUGUGCGCGAAGGCCAGCGAGAUAAUUUUUGUCUUCUACCGGAAGAGUUUGAAGAAAUACAUGAAGGUGUACUGCUGAUGGGCGAGCAAAGUGAUUUAAUGUGCCUCCUUU